AAUUAUUCACAUUAACAAAAUAGGAUGACUAUGACCCCCCACCCCAAGAUAUAAUUAUACUAUGGAUAUUUAUAUCAAUAUAGCUUUGUACUUGGCCGUGUCUGAACUCAAAUGAAAUUUGAGUUUAGCAAAGGUUCUGCCUCUAGAGUCAAAGGGGGCCUCGCCGAUCACCCAUGGACAUAACUCUCUUCAGUCCAAAAGACACACUGACACACUUCUUUCCUUCCCACCAGCAAAGCAAUGAUCAAGUAGCAGCUAUAGACAUGCAAAGCAAUAGCAGCAACAACAACAAUAAUCACCCUCAAACUAGCCAUACAUCAACAAGCCGGUCUUCGGACUCCGGUGAGGCCUGUGGAGGAGGAAACAAGUGGGCAUCAAAGCUUCUUAGUGAGUGUGCAAGAGCAAUCUCAGACAAGGACUCUAGCAAGAUCCACCAUCUUCUAUGGAUGUUAAAUGAGCUUGCCUCUCCUUAUGGAGAUUGUGAUCAGAAAUUGGCAUCUUAUUUCUUGCAAGCUCUAUUCUGCAAGGCUACCGAGUCUGGUCAACGGUGUUUCAAAACCCUAACAACAGUAGCUGAAAAGAGCCACUCCUUUGAUUCAGCUAGGAAAUUGAUACUAAAAUUCCAAGAGGUAAGCCCGUGGACUACUUUCGGUCAUGUAGCUUCAAAUGGUGCAAUUUUGGAGGCCUUAGAUGGGGAAAGCAAACUUCACAUAAUUGAUAUCAGCAAUACCCUUUGCACACAGUGGCCUACUUUGCUAGAAGCUUUAGCCACAAGAAAUGAUGAGACGCCGCGAUUAAAGCUCACCGUUGUGGUAACUGCUAGCAUUGUAAGAUCAGUCAUGAAAGAAAUAGGCCAAAGAAUGGAGAAGUUUGCUAGGUUAAUGGGAGUGCCCUUUGAGUUCAAAGUAAUUAGUGUGCUAAAUCAUGUAGGAGAGCUCACAAAGGAAGGACUGGGUGUUCAAGAAGAUGAAGCAGUUGCGAUUAAUUGCAUUGGGGCAUUGAGAAGAGUUGAAGUGGAUGAAAGAAGUUCUGUAAUCCAGUUGUUCCAAUCACUUAACCCUCGAGUUGUGACAAUUGUUGAGGAAGAAGCUGAUUUUACUAGCUCAAGAUAUGACUUCGUCAAGUGCUUUGAAGAGUGCCUGAGGUAUUAUACACUGUAUUUUGAGAUGCUAGAGGAGAGCUUUGUCCCAACUAGUAAUGAGAGAUUGAUGUUGGAGAGGGAAUGUUCAAGGAACAUAGUUAGGGUUUUGGCUUGUGAUGAAGAAACUGGUGGAGGAGAGUGUGAAAGAAGAGAGCGGGGUGUCCAAUGGUCUGAAAGGUUAAGGGAGGCAUUUUCCCCUGUUGGAUUCAGUGAUGAUGUUGUCGAUGAUGUCAAGGCAUUGCUUAAGAGAUACAAAGCUGGGUGGGCACUUGUGCUCCCUCAAGGAGAUCAUGAGUCAGGAAUUUACUUAACAUGGAAAGAGGAACCUGUAGUUUGGGCUUCUGCAUGGAAACCCUAAAAGUGUUGUGGCCAGAACACCAUCUCUAUGCUCAAAUUCAAGGCUCAGCAUGGCAAUUUAUUCACAAGAUGGGAACAGCGCGCCAUGAACACAUAUUGAUAAUUAAUUAUAGAGUACUACUACUUUCACUUUUCAUUUCUUCUUCUUAUUCAUGCAUAUUUGUAUCUUAUGCACUCCACCUUUUCUUUUCCUAUGUUAUAUGCUUGGGAGUUUGUGUUGCUUUUCAACAACUCUAGAUAAUUGUAUUUGUUUGAAGGUGUUUGCACUUGUGCCUCUUUUUUGCAGUUCCAUGGCAUCCCUUUCCCUUUUGGCUUGCCUCCUCAAUAUCUUUCUCUGCAUCCCAUAGUGGGCAAUUUGUAAGAAACAUUAGCAAUCCAUGUAUUCAUAGAAGGUGGUGAUUUAAUCAUAUCCAUCAUAUGAUCAAGUUUCUAUC